AUGACACUGAGCAACUAUGGCUGUACUAAGCUACGAGAUAGCUGCCAUUCGUGUGCCACGUCUAAAAUUAAAUGCCCCAAGGAGAAGCCGUCAUGUUCCAAGUGCACAGCGCGAGGCAUCAAGUGUCAAUACUACUUCGCCAAACGCCCCGGGCGUAGACGCGAGAACAGCGCCGGUCACCCGAGCAGCCCUACAAGCAAUGUCAUCAACAACGACGACACUAUUCAGCAGCCUAACUCCAUCUCCAUAUCCAGCUCAAGAUACAACACGGACACGGAGACGCAGAGCAACCGCUCGAGGGAUGGAGAUACAAUCGAGAUGUUGGGGCUUUUUUCCGCGAUAAAUUGCACAGCUUCCCCCACCAGCAGUUUACCAAACAUUCUUAAUACGCCUUCAAACUCCACGAUUUCAAUUUCUUCCAUGUCGGAUAAUUUUAUUGGAUCGUACUCAGCAGAUGUCUUUUCCGUGUUUGGGGACUCUGAAAUGUAUCCACAACUGGCGGAUUUUGAUUCUAACGUCAACAACAUGGAUUUUGUUAUGAAAGACCCCUGCUUUGAACAUACUGUCGUGGACAACGAUAGCAUCACAUGCACAUCGAACGACAUUGGUUCGCUUCUCAUACCGAAUGAGACCAUUAAUUUUGACACAGUCUCGUCAAACACUAUAGAUCUCAUGAGUGCAUCGUCUACCGUAUCAUCCGGGAUGUCUUCUCUUGGCUCUGGCUUUCAGACGCCAUCCAUUGGACUAUCUAGGAUGUCACGUGUCACCACCGCUACCAGCAACAAUCUAGCAUGUGUCUGCGUAGCGGAGGGGCUUGAUCUCCUAAAAACGCUUUCUUCGGCUCAAUGCUCUCUCGUCACCUCACUUGCUGGCACGGAUUCGGUGCUCUCGGGCGAUAUGAGCUUUUAUCAGAUUGUGCUUUUAGAGAAUCAACAAAAUAUCGAGGCAGUGAGCAGCAUGCUUUCAUGCUCGUCAUGCGCCGAAGAUUCUUUCCUGCUCACCAUUCUAUCCAUGAUCGUACUCAAGAUUCUAGAGCGAUACUCCAACGUGGCAAAAGAACGAAUUUGCGGCCCAAUAGCAGGAAGCGCGGCACUUGACGCUGUGCCGAGAUUAGCAAAUGACAUGAUAUCAAGCAGGAAGGAACCUCUAAGCCGUACAUACAACAUGGCCCCCCAUAACGACAGCGUUCAUGGUCGACCACCCGCCCAGCUGGUCCUCGGCGAACUGUACCGAGUGCAACGAUUGGUGAAUCGGCUAUCGCCAAAGCUUAAAGGGUCCAAGGAAGGGAGCUAUGGUCAAGUCAGCACCAUGGGGCUAAAGUUCCAGGCUCAUUCCAGAAUAGCAGCAGAAGAGAAUGACAAAUUGACCGCAACAACACCAAUCUCUUCUAAUACCCUAGCUCAGAUAGAGUGCGACUUACGCACGAGCCUCAGUUCUCUAGCUAGAGACGUCAUCAGCAAGUUACGACAAAAUUAG